AUGUUUGUUACAGCAGCAGAAGGAAGGCUGAAACAGAAAGUUGUGUCAUAAACGGAACAAACACUGUUUAACAAUUUUUUUUUUUUGUCUUAAAAACAGCAAACCCCACCAUCUUCCUGGAGUCUGCGUUGUCCCCUUCCAGAAUAGAUGUGGAGUUUUUAAACGAACCUACAGUAGAAGCAAGCCUUCUCCAGGAAAUCCCAAUCUUUUUCCAAACAGGAACAGCAAGGGUUCUCUCUGUUGUGGCUGUUUUUCCCUCUGGGAAUUGGUUUGCCUUCUGAGAGCAUCCCAGGGAGGGGAGGUGCGCCCCAAAUUGGCGAGGCUCUGCCAAAUACCAAAGGCUCUUCUUUGGGAGGAGACUCCUCCUUUGGACGUGAGGCGCCCCUACCAGAGCGCCCGCGUACAGAAACGGAAACCACUAGCUGCGCUGAAGUGAGUCAAGUGAUGAAAUCAAGACUACACGGGAAGGAAGCUCACGAAACCUAACUGGUGACAGAAGCUGCUGAACCCUGCCCGAGGAAACCACAUGAGCCAGCAGUUGCUGCCCUCCCGAAGUGGUCCUCGGAGGCAGCGCACCCCUUCAUUUUGGCGAACCGAGGAGGAAGGGAGGAAGCGUGUGGGGGAAAUCUAGAACUUCUGUUUCCCCAAGGACCCAGCAGACUGCUCUGGCUACAAGGUGAUCACUGCCACCAGGUCAGUGCAGGAUUCCUUCAAUGUAGACCGGCCGGAAGCCACAACUUGCGCGGAGCAGCAGCCUCGCCGACCGCGCAGAGAGAAGCCGCGCAACAGCCAGGCUUGGCCCGGACGGCGCCCCUACCCCGCGCGCGCGGUCAACGGUUCUCACCUGGAGCGCUCAGGUAGUGCUGGGGCGGGGCGGGAGGCUGGCGCGCAGGCGCGGGAGCGGGGCCUCGCCCCUGCCGACGUCGCAGACCGGAGCUCACCUGGGAGACUCCAAGAGGAAGCCGAGCCGCGGUUCUGCCUCUCCAGGCAACGCGGGAGGCCCAGCGGGAAGGCAGGAGGCGGCGGCGGAGGAGGAGCUCUACUUAGCCGCAACUGUAGCGACAGCAACCGGAGUCGCAGCGGCAGCCACCUGCACCUGGAGCCCAGCCCACGUCCAGCGCCCGCCCGGCCGCCGCUUCCCGCCGCGCUGCCCUGCCCUGCCCUGCCCAGCCCACCCGUCAGGGGUUCCUUCAGGAUUCUCAAGUACUAUUGGGUCAGAAAAUCUGGGAGUAUGAUAGUUUACUUACUGAUGAAACUGCUAUAUUACCAUCAUUGGUUAAGCUGGAGUACACCUUAGUUUGAGAGUACUACCAUUUAAAGAUACCUUCUUCUCAGCAAAUCUAUGAUAAAAAAUAUAAGUAACAGAAGAAAUAACUGUUAUUUGUCAAGUGACAAGCUUUUAAUGUCAGAAUGGCUCACCUAAAGCGACUAGUCAAAUUACACAUUAAAAGACAUUACCAUAAAAAGUUCUGGAAGCUUGGUGCAGUAGUUUUUUUCUUUAUUAUAGUUUUGGUGUUAAUGCAAAGAGAAGUAAGUGUUCAAUAUUCCAAAGAGGAAUCAAGGAUGGAAAGAAACAUGAAAAACAAAAACAAGAUGUUAGAUUUAAUGCUAGAAGCUGUAAACAAUAUUAAGGAUGCAAUGCCAAAAAUGCAAAUAGGAGCACCUGUCAGGCAAAACAUUGAUGUUGGUGAGAGACCUUGUUUGCAAGGAUAUUAUACAGCAGCAGAAUUGAAGCCUGUUCUUGACCGUCCACCUCAGGAUUCAAAUGCACCUGGUGCUUCUGGUAAAGCAUUCAAGACAACCAAUUUAAGUGUUGAAGAGCAAAAGGAAAAGGAACGUGGGGAAGCUAAACACUGUUUUAAUGCUUUCGCAAGUGACAGGAUUUCUUUGCACCGAGAUCUUGGACCAGACACUCGACCUCCUGAAUGUAUUGAACAAAAAUUUAAGCGCUGCCCUCCCCUGCCCACCACCAGUGUCAUAAUAGUUUUUCAUAAUGAAGCGUGGUCCACGUUGCUUAGAACUGUCCACAGUGUGCUCUAUUCUUCACCUGCAAUACUGCUGAAGGAAAUCAUUUUGGUGGAUGAUGCUAGUGUAGAUGAGUACUUACAUGAUAAACUAGAUGAAUAUGUAAAACAAUUUUCUAUAGUAAAAAUAGUCAGACAAAGAGAAAGAAAAGGUCUGAUCACUGCUCGGUUGCUAGGAGCAACAGUCGCAACAGCUGAAACGCUCACAUUUUUAGAUGCUCACUGUGAGUGUUUCUAUGGUUGGUUAGAACCUCUGUUGGCCAGAAUAGCUGAGAACUACACAGCUGUCGUGAGUCCAGAUAUUGCAUCCAUAGAUCUGAACACCUUUGAAUUCAACAAACCUUCUCCUUAUGGAAGUAACCAUAACCGUGGAAAUUUUGACUGGAGUCUUUCAUUUGGCUGGGAGUCACUUCCUGAUCAUGAGAAGCAAAGAAGGAAAGAUGAAACCUACCCAAUUAAAACACCCACUUUUGCAGGAGGACUUUUUUCCAUAUCAAAAGAAUAUUUUGAGUAUAUUGGAAGUUACGAUGAAGAAAUGGAAAUCUGGGGAGGUGAAAAUAUAGAAAUGUCUUUCAGAGUAUGGCAAUGUGGUGGGCAGUUGGAGAUUAUGCCUUGCUCUGUUGUUGGACAUGUUUUUCGCAGCAAAAGCCCUCAUAGCUUUCCAAAAGGCACUCAGGUGAUUGCUAGAAACCAAGUUCGCCUUGCAGAAGUCUGGAUGGAUGAAUACAAGGAAAUAUUUUAUAGGAGAAAUACAGAUGCAGCAAAAAUUGUUAAACAAAAAGCAUUUGGUGAUCUUUCAAAAAGAUUUGAAAUAAAACACCGCCUUCAGUGUAAAAAUUUUACAUGGUAUCUGAACAAUAUUUAUCCAGAGGUGUAUGUGCCAGACCUUAAUCCUGUUAUAUCUGGAUAUAUUAAAAGCGUUGGUCAGCCUCUAUGUCUGGAUGUUGGAGAAAACAAUCAAGGAGGCAAACCAUUAAUUAUGUAUACAUGUCAUGGACUUGGGGGAAACCAGUACUUCGAAUACUCUGCUCAACAUGAAAUCCGGCACAACAUCCAGAAGGAAUUAUGUCUUCAUGCUGCCCAAGGCCUCGUUCAGCUGAAGGCAUGUACCUACAAAGGUCACAAGACAGUUGUCACUGGAGAGCAGAUAUGGGAGAUCCAGAAGGAUCAACUUCUAUACAAUCCAUUCUUAAAAAUGUGCCUUUCAGCAAAUGGAGAGCAUCCAAGUUUAGUGUCAUGCAACCCAUCAGAUCCACUCCAAAAAUGGAUAUUUAGCCAAAAUGAUUAAGUGUUCCUUAAAAUUAAGUUGAAAAAGGAGACAUUCUUUCUCAUAAAACUGUGACUAGGCAUACACUGUAGGUUUUGAAAAUUAUGCAAAAGCAGCUAAAUGUAACUUAUUCCAAGUGCAUUUUUCUUAUUUAUAUCUUAAAAUAUCUAUGUAGCACUACUACAGAAAUUCUGCAAGUUUCUGUUUCAAAGCACAGUAACUAGUAAUACCAAAGACUAUUUCAAAAUGUCCAGAUGUAGGGGAAGAGAUGUUUACAGUAUGAUGAAAAUAAUUUUCGAAGUAAAGUGAUGUUUGUGUGUUUUGUACACUUAGGGAUAUAUAUAGCUACAUUCACACACUCACAAUUUAAAAUAUUUCCCCUAGUUUUUUGGGGGGAUAGGAAGAAAGAUUUGUUACUGUAUUUUUUUAACUAUAUAGAAAUAGAUCAAUGAAGGUCAGCAUUGGCCUCUGUGUACAAACCAAGAGCUUUUACAGAUCCAGAAUUUAUUAUUUUAAAAUGCAGGUGAAUUUUUUUUUUUGCCUUUGGUUUACUUGUCUGCUAAAUGUUUCUUUAAACAUGAAACUGAAUAAGGAGAGGAGUAUUUUUAACACUUAAAUUUCUUGGAAAUUUUUAAACCAUUUUUUAGUCUGCAACCCACUCCACUUGAAGCACUUAAGUCUUCCUUAAAUGACUUUUCUUAAGUAACGAUACUGUGUGUUUUCCCAAAGCACUUUUAAAAACACUUUUAUAAAUUACUAUCUGUUGAAAAGGUGUCCUUUUCCUUUCUGCUAGUGUUUUUUUUCUUACCAAAAUUCACUAAUCUUGAAUGUUUGUGAUAUUAAAUUUCAAAUGCAGAAUACUUGACUCAUUUAAAGCUAAAUUUUGUUACUGAUUUAAUUAUAAUUGUAAUGGAUUUUUGACUUUGUAAUGGAUUCUUUUCAUCAAAAAGCCUUAUUUUUUAUCUAUAUAGAAAACACAAUAAAAAGUCCUCAACACUAUUGUAA